UGGUUGCGACAUAUGCUAGCAGCACUAUUCUUUACGGUUUUGUAUAUUUUAAUCUAUGACUGGUUUGGUUUGUUGACACGUCAUUUGUCUGGAUUAUUUCGUUUCUAGAAGGUUAUAUUAUUUGAAAAAAUCUUUGAAAUGAUUUCGUUAAUAAAUUCUAUUGAUACGGGCCAUGAAGACAUGAUACACGAUGCAGAAGUUGAUUAUUAUGGUCUCCGUCUGGCUACUUGUUCUUCAGAUAAUUCCGUGAAACUUUAUGACAUUAAAAAUGGUGCCUCUACACUGCUGGACGAUUUGAAAGGGCAUUUAGGACCCGUUUGGCAAAUUGCUUGGAGUCAUCCUAAAUUCGGCAAUCUGUUGGCUUCGUGUUCGUAUGAUAAAAAAGUUAUAAUCUGGAAAGAACAAAAUCGAAAAUGGGGGAAAUACUAUGAAUAUGCGAACCAUGAUUCUAGCGUUAAUUCUGUCCAAUUCGCUCCACCAGAAUUGGGUUUAAUUCUUGCAUGCGGAAGUAGUGAUGGUUGUAUAUCAAUUUUAACAUUUAUUCCAGAAACUAAUAAUUGGGAGGCAAAAAAAAUUCAAAAUGCCCAUGCUAUAGGUUGCAAUGCUAUUAGUUGGGCUCCUGCCAUUAUUCCAUUACUUGGCUUAAAUGAAAAUGAACCUCAGCCACUGGUGAAACGUAUAGUAUCUGGAGGAUGUGAUAAUUUGGUAAAAAUUUGGAGAGAAGAGGGUGACCGUUGGAUAGAAGAAUCAAAAUUAGAAGUACACUCUGAUUGGGUCCGUGAUGUAGCUUGGGCGCCUUCAGUUGGACUAAGUCGUCACACAAUUGCCAGUUGUUCGCAAGACCGUAGGGUUGUGAUUUGGACAUCAAAUGAUUGUGUUAAUUGGAGUCCCACUAUUUUGCAUUUAUUUGAUGAUGUAGUCUGGAAUGUCAGUUGGUCAUUAAAUGGCAAUAUUUUAGCUGUCUCUGGAGGAGAUAAUAAAAUAAGUUUAUGGUCUCAAAACCCUGAGGGCAUUUGGGAAUGCAUAAGUGAUGUAUCCAAAGGACCUGGUCACAUUAAUAAUUAAAUCUAGUUUAACUACCAUGUUCAUUUAAUUUAGGGUGUCCUAUCAUUUAUUUUACAAUAAAACAAUUUUUCACUGCUAUUUUUUUCUCUUUUUUGUAUAAAAAUAUUUUUGGUUUUAAUUUCAUAAGUCUACCACCAUAUGCAAAACAUAUUUUAUUAUUGAAUUGUACAUCUUAUGUUUUAAACUGAACUUUUUGAAUAUAUAAUCACAAAUCGUCGUGUACAAUUGAAAAAUAAUUUUUGGAUUCUU